AGGCUGAGGGGAGGCAGAGAAGGAGAACCUGAGAUCCAGAGUCGGGGGCUUCUCCCAGGAAGUCCCGAGAGGCCCGGCUGGGAAAAGGGCGGUCAAUGGAGCGCCUUCGCCCACACGGCUCCCCACUCCCAGGGCCUCUUGCCUGACGCAAAGCAAAACCGAACCCGGUCAUGCCCUCUCCCAUCCUAGGGACAAAGUGGACCCCUGGCCCCCACUCCCUCCGGGACUCGCUGGGAUCCCACGGGGAAGGGCUAUGCUGCUGGAGGGGCUGGGAUGACUGUCAUGGGGAGGGCGCCGUCCAGGGUCCGCCGCCCGCUCUCGGGCCGCCCCGCCACUGGGCGUCUCGGCCUGACAGGCGCGGGGCCCACUUUUCCCCAGACGCCCCUGCUCCAAGCCCGCAGGCCAGCCCGGCCCGGGCCGCGGAGAGGCCGCGACGGCCGGCCUCCCCGCCCGGCCCAGCCCGGCCGCCCGCCCCCGCCCCCGGCGGGCGGCGAGCUGAGCAGCGCCGCGCUCAGGAAAUCGCCUCACUGCCGCCCUGCCCGCCGAGGCCGGGUCAGGAUGCCCGGGUCGCCGAGGUGAAGGAGGAGCUGGACCCAGGUCCGAAGGGAGGAAAAGGGCAAGGCCUCGCGCAGAGAUGAAGGCCCGGCGGAGGUAGACGCCCCGAGGUCGGCAGGACCCGGGAGGCUGGACCGGGCGAGACCUCCCGAAGAGCCGGAGCCAAGCCGCGCGGACAGAGCGCGGGAGGCGCAGGGGGCGCACCAUGCGCGGGCCCCCGGCCGCGGGCCCGGGCUACACCGCCGCCUGGGUCUCGUGGCCCGCGCGGGUGCGCUGCUGUCCCGGAGGCGGGACGGGCGCCGGGCCGCGGGCGCGCGGAGCCCCGGGCCACGGCGAGCCCGCGCCGGCCGCAAGCUCCCCUCCUGGCGGGCCGCGCCUGCCCCUGGGCGCGGGAGCCGCCCUCGCUCCCCCCGCGCCGGCCCCGCGCCGGGGCGCCCGCCCACUAUAUAGCGCGCCCCUGCCGGGCCCGCGCCAGGCCGCCAGCCACGCAGCGGGCGCCGCAGAGCGCGCCGCGCCCCGGAGACAGCCCCCCGCCCCCAGCGCCGCCGCCGCCCCGACGGGCGCCCCCCGCCGCCGCCGCCGGCGCGGCCCGGCCCCUGCAGCCACCAUGAAGAAGGAGGUGUGCUCCGUGGCCUUCCUCAAGGCCGUGUUCGCCGAGUUCCUGGCCACCCUCAUCUUCGUCUUCUUGGGACUCGGCUCGGCCCUCAAGUGGCCGUCGGCGCUGCCCUCCGUUCUGCAGAUCUCUCUGGCCUUUGGCCUGGCCAUAGGCACCCUGGCCCAGGCCCUAGGGCCUGUGAGCGGCGGGCACAUCAACCCUGCCAUCACACUGGCCCUCUUAGUGGGCAACCAGAUCUCCCUGCUGCGGGCUGUCUUCUACGUGGUGGCCCAGCUGGUGGGCGCCAUUGCCGGGGCGGGCAUUCUCUAUGGGCUGGCACCGGUCAAUGUCCGGGGCAAUCUGGCUGUCAACUCGCUCAACAACAACACGACCCCAGGCCAGGCCAUGGCGGUGGAGCUGAUUCUAACCUUCCAGCUGGCGCUCUGCAUCUUCUCCUCCACUGACUCCCGCCGCACCAGCCCUAUGGGCUCCCCAGCCUUGUCCAUAGGCCUCUCUGUCACUCUCGGCCACUUUGUGGGGAUCUACUUCACCGGCUGCUCCAUGAACCCAGCCCGCUCCUUCGGCCCAUCAGUAGUCAUGAAGUGGUUCAGCCCUGCACACUGGGUGUUCUGGGUGGGGCCCAUUGUGGGGGCUGCCCUGGCUGCCAUCCUCUACUUCUACCUGCUCUUCCCCAACUCCCUAAGCCUGAGUGAGCGUGUGGCUGUCAUCAAGGGCACGUAUGAGCCCGAGGAGGACUGGGAGGAGCAGCGAGAGGAGCAGAAGAAGACCAUGGAGCUGACCGCCCACUGACCAGCGUCAGGCAGGGGCCAGCCCCUCAGUGCCUGAACUGCAGGGGAAAAAAGAAAAAAAUAUGACAGUGAAGCCUCCUUUCUCCACAGCUGGGUCCCCUGGGCUGGGGAGGAGGUUCUGGCUCCCCAGGCCCCACGGUUAGAGGUGGAGCAGGAACCCAUCAUGGGACUGUUGGGAUGGGGGCCAGAGGCUUGGGGCUGGUGGGGAGGGGUCUCUCUGAGCCAGGGAAGACUGAUGCCGUGAGUCAGUGCCAAGCUCACAGGCAGCCUCAGGGCCAAGCCUGCAGUCGGCAUCCCCCCACUGUCCCCAUCCUCUCCUUAGGAGGCAGAGGGAUCCCAGCCCCUAGAAGAGCAGAGGCUGACCUUCUCGAGAGCACCUUGGGAGGGAGACGACCAGUCCAUUAAAUGCUGCCUUACUUAUUUCUGCUCAAGAAUGCAUGGGGUAGAAAUGCUGGUGUUUGGGGUGGGGGCUUCCCAAUAAACCACUGACAUUCA